GAGCACAGCUGUUGCUUUAUUAUAGACUAAAAAAAUAAUAAAUUUUUAUUUAAUAUUAUUAAAUACGCACACAAUCAAAAUGAGUGUAACUUAUAUUUUGCUAUACUUGCUGAUCGGCGUGUUAUCGGUAGCAUUUUAUUUUGUACGAAGAAAAUUUAAUUAUUGGAAAGAUCGUGGUAUACCAUACGAUGAGCCUCAUCCCAUAUAUGGCAGCUUCCGUAAUUUUCGCAAAAAUUGUAUUAUACAGGACGUACAUUUCGCUUUAUAUAAGAAAUUCAAAGGCGUUGCACCAUUCGUUGGCAUAUUCUUCUUUCAGCGGCCUACUGCUUAUAUAUUAGAUAGGCAAUUGGCAAAAAAUAUUCUAAUCAAGGAUUUUCCAGUAUUUGCAGAUCGUGGUGGUUUCUAUAAUGAACGUGAUGAUCCAUUAAGUGCACAUUUAUUUGCUUUAGAUGGCGUAAAAUGGAAACACCUGAGACAGAAACUAUCACCCACAUUUACUUCUGGAAAAAUGAAAUUCAUGUUUCCUACAGUAGUAAAGGUAGCGGAACAAUUUGUUCACGUCCUGAAUGAUUUGUUGAAAGAUGGCAACAACUUUGACGUGAAAGAGUUAUCAGCACGUUUUACUACCGAUGUGAUUGGCACUUGUGCAUUUGGAAUUGAAUGCAAUAGCUUAAAAGAUCCAAAUGCAGAAUUUCGUACAAUGGGUCGAAAUGCUUUGUCUUUAACUAGGCACAGUGCUCCGAUUAUGGCACUUAUACAAAGUCACCCAAAAUGGGCAAGGAAAUUGGGUAUGCGUAAAGUACAUCAAGAUAUUCACAAUUUCUUCAUGCGUAUUGUGCACGAGACUGUAGAGUUGCGUGAGAGCCAAAAUAUAAAACGCAAUGACUUCAUGGACUUACUUAUUGAAUUGAAGAAGACUAAGUCUAUUAAAUUAGACAAUGGAGAAGAACUCACUGGGCUUACUGUGAAUGAAGUGGCAGCACAAGCGUUUGUAUUUUUCUUGGCCGGUUUCGAAACUUCAUCAACAGCAAUGAGUUAUACAUUGUACGAACUAGCAAAGAAUCAGGUAGUGCAGGAUAAGUUAAGAAAAGAAGUAAAUGAGGUGCUUGCAAAACAUAAUCAAGAAUUUACUUAUGAAUGCAUGAAGGAAAUGCAUUACUUGGAUCAAGUUUUGUUUGAAAUUUUACGUCUUUAUACUAUUGUUCCACAUCUUAUGAGGCAACCAACUAGAGAUUAUGUUGUACCUGGACAUCCUAAACUGGUUAUCGAAAAGGGUACGUUUGUCAUGAUACCAUCAUCAGCAUAUCAUCACGAUCCGCAAGUAUACCCAGAACCUGCUAAAUUUGAUCCUGAUCGCUUUUCUCCAGAAAAAGUGCAAGACCGAGACAACAUUAAUUGGUUACCGUUCGGUGAUGGACCUCGUAAUUGCAUUGGUUUGAGAUUUGGUAAAAUGCAGGCACGUAUCGGUUUAGCUUUAUUGAUGAAGAAUUUCAAAUUCUCCGUUUGUGAAGAAACACAAAUUCCAAUAGUGUUUGAUGUGACAUCAUUUGUUUUAAGUGCCAAGGAUGGCAUUCAUCUACGCGUAGAAAAAAUAUAAAAUUUAAAUUUUUUUAAUACAAGAGAUUAAGAUAAAAGGACCAGAAAAAGCUUUGUUUUAGAUUAAAUAAACCUCUAUUUGUUAAUAGAUAAAAACACAAAUUUGAUAAAAAAAAUAAAAGUCACCCAGCGAACUAUGUAGGAGACUUGCUGUUGGACUAUUAUAUAUAAAUAUAUCUGCGAUAACGAUUUGUGAUAU